AUGAGUGAACAACAAUUCGACUGUGCCCUCGACCUGAUGCGUCGACUGCCACCCCAGCAGUGCGAGAAGAACCUCUCCAGCCUAAUCGAUCUCGUGCCGGGGCUUUGCGACGAUCUCCUCUCCACCGUCGAUCAACCGCUAGCCGUGGCCAAGGACCCGCAAACCCAGAAGGAAUAUCUACUCUGCGACUACAACCGCGAUGGGGAUAGCUAUCGCUCUCCUUGGACCAACGAGUACGACCCGCCAAUGCCCGAUGGCCACUAUCCCUCCGAUAAGCUCCGAACUCUCGAGGUCGAGGCCAACGCCGCUUUUGAGGCCUAUCGCGAUUUGUAUUUCGAGGGCGGCGUCUCGUCCGUCUAUUUCUGGGAGCUGCAAACGGCUGGAUUUGCCGGUGUUGUGCUGAUCAAGAAGCAAGGCGACGGGUCGAAGAGCAUCAAGGGCUGCUGGGAUUCCAUUCACGUGCUCGAGGUCAAUGAGAAGAAUCGCAACGCGCACUACAAGCUGACGUCGACGGUGAUGCUGUGGCUGCAGACGACAAAGACGAACAGUGGCGUGAUGAAUCUUGGUGGAAGUAUGUCGCGACAGCUGGAACAAGACAACCCGGUGACGGAGGGCAACGGCCAUCUGGUGAAUAUUGGGCGAAUGAUCGAGGAGCAAGAGUCCAAGAUGCGCCUCGCUCUCAACGAGAUCUACUUUGGGAAGACAAAACAGGUGAUCGGCGACCUUCGCACCGUGGAGAGCACCACCGAGCUGAAGGCGCGCGAGAACAACAUGCAAGAGAUCAAGACGGCCAUCCAGGGACGCCACGGUAAAGCCACCGAUGCC